UCUAAAUUGGUGGUAAGUUGCAAUCCAACCAUACAACCGACCUAAUUAUCUUGAAACUAUUUCCUUCAUUCUUAAAUUUGAGCCAUCUAUAAAAAUGUGUGAGACCACCUAGGGAUCAUCAUUCUAUCUUGCUUUCAGUUCCUCUAUUUCUCAAUCUAGCUUUAAUGGAGUUUUCUCAUUUGUCCAUCUUUAUAGCACUCAGUCUCGCACUUGUUGUAGCAACCAAUGCUGUUUUACCUCCUGAAUUGUAUUGGAAGUCCAAACUUCCAACAACUCAAAUGCCAAAAGCCAUCACAGAUCUCCUGAACCCAACUGAUUGGACAGAAGAGAAAAGCACAUCGGUAGCUGUUGGAAAAGGUGGUGUCAAUGUUGAUGCAGGAAAACCAAAACCAGGUGGAACCGCAGUUAACGUAGGAAAAGGUGGAGUCCAUGUUAAUAAUGGAAAAGGAAAACCUUCAGGUGGAACAGCGGUUAACGUUGGAAAAGGCGGUGUCAAUGUUAACACAGGAAAAGGAAGAGGAAAACCAGUUCGUGUUGCAGUUGGAAAACGUUCUCCAUUUGAUUACAUUUAUGCUGCAACUGAAACACAGUUACAUGAUGAACCUAAUGUAGCACUUUUCUUCUUAGAAAAGAAUUUGCAUUAUGGCACAAAGUUGAACUUGCAAUUCACAAAAACAACCUCAAACAACGAAGCAAAGUUCUUAACUAAACAAGUUGCUGAUUCCAUCCCCUUUUCAUCCAACAAAGUAGAAAGCAUCCUUAAUAGGUUCUCAAUCAAAAAAGGCUCAGAGGAAGCUGAAAUUGUGAAGAACACGAUAAACGAGUGCGAAGAAAACGGUAUCAAAGGAGAAGAAAAGCUAUGUGUAAAAUCAUUGGAAUCCAUGGUUGAUUUCACUACUUCGAAACUUGGAAACGAUGUUGAAGCUGUUUCAACAGAAGUGAAAAACGAAAGUAGUGAGUUACAGCAAUAUGUAAUAGCUAAAGGAGUGAAGAGAUUGGGAGAGAAGAACAAAGCUGUGGUGUGUCACAAAGAGAAUUACCCUUAUGCAGUUUUCUACUGUCAUAAAACAGACACAACUAAAGUUUACUCGGUGCCAUUGGAAGGUGUUGAUGGAAAUAGAGUUAAAGCUGUUGCUGUUUGUCACACUGAUACAUCACAAUGGAAUCCUAAACAUUUGGCCUUUCAAGUGCUUAAAGUUCAACCUGGAACUGUUCCUGUUUGUCACUUCCUUCCACAGGAUCAUGUUGUUUGGGUUUCCAAGUAGAAACAGACAAAUCCCAUCGGUGACAUUGAAGAAUAUUUAUGUGGGUUUAACAGAAUAAAAUGAAUUAUGAAAUUUAUUCUAGUACUUUAUAACUACUGCUUUGUUUUACUUCCACUGUUUUAGGUUUGUCAUAUUUGCUAUGCUGUAUUGUUACAAGUAUGAUCUUUGUAUCUGCUCUAAUGUAUUAUUACAUGUGUACUAAAUAUGAUAUAGUGGAGCUUUAUCAUUUGGGUGAAAA